AUGGUUGGACGAUCCAAUGGCCCUUUGGUCCUCAACGUUGCCGAAAAACCCUCUGUCGCUCGGGCGUUGGCAGGUGCUUUCAAUCGCAUGCCUCGAUCACAAGACAAAGGAAUGCGGCGGGAAUGUCACCAAAUUUUUACCCAUGAAGGCGUUUGUUUUCCACUCGUCUUUAAUCAAGGACAAGGGCAGAAUCAACAGAAUCGACCGGGAGCCCCACAUACCAUGAUUACGACGUCUGUUCGAGGUCACUUGGCGUCGAAUGACUUUGGGCCCGAAUGCGGAUGGAAUCGGAUUGACCCUGUCCAAUUGUUUGAUGCCGUCAUUGAGACCAAGUAUGCCGAAGACAUGAUACCGUUACAUGCCAUGUUAACGCGACUGGCCAAGGGUGCCAACGCCGUCAUUUUAUGGUUGGAUUGCGAUCGAGAGGGUGAAGCGAUUGGAGAUGAAGUCCAAACGGUCUGUUUGGAGGCGAAUCCUCGAUUGAUUGGCAAAAUAUACAGGGCCAAAUUUUCGACAGUCCUAGAUGGUGAGAUUCGACGGGCCCUCCAUACUCUGGGCAGAUUGAACGAAUCCUUUGUGCAAGCCGUCCAAGCAAGGUCGGAAAUUGAUUUGCGGAUUGGAGCCGCCUUUACUAGAUUCCAAACCCUGCGAUUGCAAAACAAGUUUCAGGUCUCAUCCAAAGUCAUUAGUUACGGACCUUGCCAAUUUCCUACUCUGGGGUUUGUGGUAGAACGGUGGGCUCGAAUUGAAAUUUUUCAACCAGAAACCUUUUGGUACAUCGAGUUGCAACUGAAACUCCCAUCCGAAGGGGAAGAUCCAGCACAAAGUUCCAGCACACGUCCCAUUACCUUUACGUGGCGACGCACACGACUGUACGAACGUUUCAUGACGCUGAAUUGUUACGAAUCUUGUUUGGAAGAUGGGACCGCCGUCGUUACCAGCAUGGACGGCAGCCAAAAGAAAAAGUGGCGACCGGUUCCAUUGGCGACAGUGGAAUUGCAAAAACGAGCUUCUCGGUAUCUACGAAUUGGGAGUGAAGCGCUCAUGUCCGCGGCGGAAGCUUUGUACAAUGAAGGAUACAUUAGUUAUCCCCGUACCGAAACGGAAAAAUUUCGGCCCGAGUUUGAACAUUUGCCCUUGUUGCGAGACUUUGCGCAAGGGGGAGGUGAAUUUGGAGCAUAUGCACAAAGGCUCGUAGACAGUGAUUUUCAAAAUCCUCGACCAGGUCGAAAUGAUGACCAAGCCCAUCCUCCCAUUACACCCUGCAAGGUUGUCGAUCCAAACUCGAUUGGAGAUCCAGCACAACGAGGAGUCUACAGGUUAGUGGUCAAGCAUUAUCUGGCUUGUUGUUCCAAAGAUGCACUGGGUGUGGAAACUGCGAUUUCGGUACGAAUCGGAUCGGAAGACUUUACUGCCAAGGGGUUGAUGAUUUUGGAAAAGAAUUGGCUGGAAAUUUACGAGCCAUGGGAACGAUGGUCGACUGGACAAGGAGAACUACCUCCACUGCAAGUUGGAAGCCGGGUGGUCCCACACACACUGGUGAUGAAGGAAGGGACCACCACUCCGCCCCAGCCUCUCACCGAAGCUGAAUUGAUCACCCUCAUGGACAAGAACAAAAUUGGUACUGACGCCACCAUUGCCCAACAUAUUACCACCAUUUUGACCCGGGAAUAUGCCAUCAAGGAUGCCAACCAAAGAUUUUUGCCUACCCCAUUGGGAACUGCCUUGGUGGAAGGCUACAAUAGCAUGGGAUACCAACUCAACAAACCGGAACUGAGACGAGAAAUGGAACACGAGUGCAAUUUGGUUGCGAGUCAACAAAAGACCAAGGAUGAUAUCAUUGGGCCAAUCUUGGCCAAGAUGAGGGAUUGCUUCAUACGAGCGGCGGCCGAGGCGCAAAAGUUGGACGAAGCCGUGGCGAAGCGAUUCCCACCAGUUGGACAAGGGAACAACAUGAGCGUGAUGAAGGCCAGUUUUAGUGUGUGUGGUGUGUGCCAAAACAAAAUGGCCUUGAAACGGCCAACUGGGGGAGAGAAUCGACAGGCCAACAAGGUCUUAUAUUGCAACACUUGUCAGCUUGGGCACAGCUUGCCCCGCGGAAAACCUGAACCCAAAACCGAGCAAGAGAAUGGAGGUGGAGCGCCCUUCAAGUGCCCCAUUUGCGAUUUUCAAGUCGUCAAGAUAGUUCGGGGAGAUGGAUACGAGGGAAACGGAUAUACUUUUUGUCCAAAGUGUUUUAAUGAUCCACCUGCCGAGCACGGUGGUGCCACUGGAGGAUUCCGCUGUUUCAAUUGCACCCACCCAACCUGUUCGCUGGCAAGUGGAACACCUGGAGAUGAUAUUGAAGUCUUUGCUUGUCCUUUUUGCCAGCAGCACAAUCGUAACGGUAAAAUACGUCUGAAAAAGACCUCCAAGGGCUACGCUUUAGGCUGUUCCAACUAUUCCUCUCAAUUUCGUUGCACUUAUUCCAUUUGGAUGCCACGAGAAAGUAACGAAAUCAAAAUUCCCGAAGGAGAUGCCAAUCUGUGUCAGCCAUGUACUGCGAGCCGUGGAGGGCCAGUCCGCAAGAUACACUUUGUUUGGAGGGCCGGGAGUGUUCCGCCGCAUAUGGGACGAGAAUGCACGGCGUGUGUUUUGUGUGAUACAGCCUUGCGACAAGAUAUGAACAUGAACCUUCCCAACAUGAACCAGGUCCGAACCAAUGCCAAUCGAAGUGGCGGGGCCAGUCGAACUACUGGUGGUGGAAGAGGCGGCCGAGGAGGAAACUAUGGCCCCACUAGUACCAACAACAAUUUCAACAAUGCAACUUCCAACAACUAUUCCAACCAUGCUUUUGGAAGUACCAAUAGCAAUCGCACCAACAAUGGAGGCAAUCGAAGAGGUUCGUACAACAAUCGAGGACGUGGUAGAGGCAGAGGAGGUGGAGGCAACUCGGGUGGUAGAGGAAACUUUGUCUGUUACAAGUGCAACCAACCUGGCCAUUUUGCCAAUGCAUGUCCAAAUGGAAACUAA